CCUAAGACUUACCAGUUCAGGAAGAAACCCUCUGUUUCCACAUUGACCCCUGAUACAAUACAGCCAUCGGGCUCCAUGUGAGUAAACCAGCAAUCUCUACAACAUGGCCCACAGGGGUGCUGCAGGCUCUGUCUGCAUCCUGAAGUUUGUGGCUCUGCUGGUUGCCCUAAGUCCGGAACUUCUAUUCCUGGGGGCAGAAGUGCAGCUUCGAGACAAUGGAUAUAAUGGAUUACUCGUUGCAAUCAAUCCUCAAGUACCUGAGAAUCAGAACCUCAUCCCAAGCAUCAAGGAAAUGAUAACUGAAGCUUCUUUUUACCUAUUCAAUGCCACCAAAAGAAGAGUGUUUUUCAGAAAUAUACAGAUUUUAAUACCUAACACUUGGAAAGCUAAUAAUUACAGCAAAGCAAAGCAAGAAUCGUAUGAAAAGGCAAAUGUCAUAGUGACCGGUUGGAAUGGGGUACAUGGAGAUGAUCCAUACACCCUACAGUACAGAGGGUGUGGAAAAGAGGGAAAAUACAUUCAAUUCACACCUGACUUCCUUCUGAAUGAUGACUUAACAGCUGGCUACGGAUCACGGGGCAGGGUGUUUGUCCACGAAUGGGCCCAUCUCCGUUGGGGUGUGUUUGAUGAAUAUAACAAUGACAAACCUCUCUACAUAAAUGGAAAAAAUCAAAUUAAAAUAACCAGGUGUUCUUCUGACAUCACAGGCACUUUUGUGUGUGAAAAAGGACUCUGUCCCCAAGAAAACUGUAUAAUUAGCAAGCUUCUCAAAGAAGGAUGUACAUUUAUCUACGAUAGCACCCAAAAUGCAACUGCAUCUAUAAUGUUCAUGCAAAGUUUAUCUUCUGUGGUUGAAUUCUGUAAUGCAAGUACCCACAACCAAGAAGCUCCAAACUUACAGAACCAAAUGUGCAACCUCAGGAGUACAUGGGAUGUAAUCACAGACUCCACUGACUUUCAUCACAGCUCUCCCAUGGAUGGGACGGAGUGUCCUCUUCCUCCCACAUUCUCCCUCCUACAGGCUGGUGACAAAGUGGUCUGUUUAGUAUUGGAUGUGUCCAGCAAGAUGGCAGAGGCUGAUAGACUCUUUCGAAUGCAACAAGCAGCUGAAUUUUACUUGAUGCAGAUCGUUGAAGUUCGUACUUUUGUGGGCAUCAUCAGUUUUGAUAGCAAAGGAGAAAUCAGAGCCCAUCUUCACCAAAUUAACAGUGAUGAUGACCGCAAGCUGCUGGUUUCACGUCUGCCUACCACUGUGUCAGCUGAAGCAAAACCCAGUAUCUGUUCUGGGCUUAAGAAAGGAUUUGAGGUGGUUGAAAAGCUGAAUGGAAAAGCUUACGGCUCUAUAAUGAUAUUGGUGACCAGUGGAAACGAUGAGCUCAUUGGCAACUGCUUGCUCACUGUGCUGAGCAGUGGUUCUACCAUUCAUUCCAUUGCCCUGGGCUCAUUUGUGGUUCAAAAACUGGAGGAAUUAUCACAUCUUUCAGGAGGUUUAAAGUUCUUUGUUCCAGAUAAAACAAACUCCAAUAGCAUGAUUGAUGCUUUCAGUAGAAUUUCCUCUGGAACUGGAGACAUUUUUCAGCAAAGUAUUCAGCUCGAAAGUAUGGCUGAAACUGUUGAACCUCACCACCAGCUGAAAAACACGGUGACAGUGGAUAACAGUGUGGGCAAUGACACUGUUUUUCUAGUCCUGUGGCGGACCGGUGGUCCUCCUGAGAUUGUAUUAUUUGAUCCUGAUGGAAGAAAAUACUACACAAGUGAUUUUAUCACCAAUCUAGCUUUUUGUACAGCUAGCAUUUGGAUUUCAGGAACUGCUAAGCCUGGGCACUGGACUUACACCCUGAACAAUACCCACCAUUCUCCUCAAGUCCUGAAAAUGACAGUGGCUUCCCGCGCCUCCAGCUCUGCUAUGCCUCCCGUCACUGUGGAAGCCUUUGUAGACAGAGACAGCACCUAUUUUCCCCACCCCAUGACCAUUUAUGCAAAUGUAAGAAAAGGGUCUUAUCCCAUUCUUAAUGCUACUGUCACUGCAACAAUCGAGCCGGAGACUGGAGAUCCUGUUAUGCUGAAACUUUUUGAUGAUGGAGCAGGUGCCGAUGUUAUUAAAAAUGAUGGAAUUUACUCGAGGUAUUUCUUCUCCUUUGCUGUAAAUGCUAGUUACAGCUUGAAAGUGCAUGCCAGUCACUCUGCUGGCAAGAGCACCCUAGCCAAGUCUGUCCCAGGAAGUCAUGCUAUGUAUGUACCAGGUUACAUAGAAAAUGGUAAUAUUCAGAUGAAUACUCCAAGGAAAUCAGUGCACAGAAGUGAGGAGAAGCAAAAGUGGGGCUUUAGCCGAAUAAGCUCGGGGGGCUCCUUUUCAGUGCUGGGAGUUCCAACUGGCCCCCAUCCUGACAUGUUUCCGCCAUGCAAAAUUAUUGACCUGGAAGCUGAAGAACAGGAAGAGGAAGUGGCUCUGUCUUGGACAGCACCUGGAGAAGACUUUGAUCAGGGACAGGCUACAAGCUAUGAAAUAAGAAUGAGUAAAAGCCUAAAGACUAUUCAAGAUGACUUUAGUAAUGCCAUUUUAGUGAAUACAUCAAAGCUCUGUCCUCACCAAGCUGGCACCAGGGAAAUAUUUACAUUCUCACCUGAACUUUUCACCAAUGAACCUGAGCAUCAACCUGAUGGAGAACUGCAAGAAAGCCACAGAAUUUAUGUGGCCAUUAGAGCAAUGGAUAGGAACUCCUUAAAGUCUGCUGUGUCUAAUAUCGUCCAGGUAUCUCUGUUUAUUCCCUCAAAUUCUGUUCCUGUACUUAGCAGAGAUUAUCUUAUAUUGAAAGGAAUUUUAACAGUAAUAAGUUUGAUAGGAAUCAUUUGCCUCAUUAUAGUUGCAAUACAUUAUACUUUAAGAAGAAAAAAGAGAGCAGACAAGAGAUGGAAUGGAACAAAGUUACCAUGAACAAAUGUACAUAGUGCUUUCCUUCUUAGAGUUAAGACCCAUGGCCUUUGCACUCAAAAAAACCACACUGUGAAUUUAAUAUCAGGCUAUUAAAAUGCAUUGGGAUUUUUACAAUACAGUUGAGAUUUUUACAUAGUAAAUAUACAAAAAAGCUUUUAUAAUACUCAUUGAGAGAAGAAUUACAAAACCCUUAUGCUUUGGUUAUGAAAAAAU